ACAACUUCGGGUCCGCAAAACGAUCCAAAAAGAGGCAUUGUUAUCAGCCAUGUCAUUGGCAACACUGAAAAACAAUCUGUCCAGCACAUAGUGACUAAAAAUAUGCUUAGUUUGUUCAAAGAAUGUGUGUGUUUUUCCUCAAACUGGUUGAAAUUAGUACUGUAGCAAUGGCAGACGACAUUUUUAGUUGCGCUACAUGUUUUCCUUCCCAGCAUGCAGUUCAAAAAACAAAGAUGGCUGCGCUCAUAAGUCACCGACAAGCGUUCGUAGCGUUAACUUUUUUUCACUGAAAACUCGGUAUAAAAGCGUUUUCUUUUACUCGAUUAGUGACAAAUUUUUAUGCAGUUUGAUGCGAUGUGACGAGUGGGAAAUAUUGCCAAGUAUCCAGCAUCAAUACGAGUGCUUCCAUUAAUAAUAAUAGAGGGCUAUGCCGAAAUGUGGCCCUGUAUUCUAUAGUUACUCCGAAAUAAGAUGGAGUCUACCAAAUGGCUGGAGCUUAAGGAAAUAAAAGCUUCGUGUGAAGAGAAAACGUUUUUGAAAGCAGUCGAAAUUUGGCUGCAGAAACCGCAAGUUGUGAAUCGUCGGCUUGCUGGUGCAGUCUUCCUGCAAAGGCAGCGAGUGUUGAACGCAUGCAGUUUGCAACAGAGCAUUAUUGAACUAGUAUCAAGAUCAGAAGGGAGUGAAGACUCAAUUGAAUUUCUACCAAAAGUGAUACAGAAAGACUGUUCCAGUAUUUUAAGCGGUGGAUCACUUUGUUUAUCUGAAUUGGAGGAGACAAAACAAGAAGAAGAGCGAGGAAUUGGUGAAGAAAUUGGGGCGGAUGAAAACAAUGAUGGAGUUUCACGAUUUGAGUUGUGCUUGAGAAAACUUGUCCCUAGACAACUUGGACAAGGCACUACAACAGUGGCUUUGAAAGAAAUUAUAAUAAUUGAUCAUGAGGACUGCUCUGCAACAUUUGUGGCUCUACUAAAUAACACAUUAGAUACAGAGAGAAGAGAAAUCCACGACCACACUCCAUCAACAGUUAGUUGCUAUGGAAGUUCCAGGUUUCAGACGGCGUACAAGAUCAGUUUUUCCUCAAAGACACAAAGGAUAAGCCUGCACGUAUCAGUGGAAUACCACGAGCCCCAGUCUACGUCACAGGCAAUAACUUGUCCAACAAAAGCCUGGUUACAAGACUGUCUCUUACCCAAGAUCGUCAAGUGGGCCUCGGAAGUUAGUCCAGACACAGUUGUGAGGAGUUCACAGACUUUGGUAGCCGUGGAGAGAUAUAGCUCCCUCUAUGCGGAGUUGAAGAAGAAAUAUGGAAUCAAGUUUGUCAAGAUAUGGCCAGAAACAACAGACCCCUUGAAAUUUGUGUAUGAAGAUGUUGCCAUAGCAACCUACCUCCUGGUGCUAUGGGAGCAGGAACGAGAGGAGAAGAAUUUGAAGAGUCUUCAAUCUUUUGUGGACCUUGGCUGCGGUAAUGGACUGCUGGUACACAUUCUCAAUAGUGAAGGACAUCCUGGAAAGGGCAUUGACCUCCGCAGAAGAAAAAUCUGGGACUUGUACGGGCCAGGAACCAAUCUAGAAGAGUGUUCUAUAACUCCCUCUGAUGAAUUCCUGUUCGCUGAUUAUGAUUGGCUGAUUGGUAACCAUUCGGAUGAGCUAACACCAUGGAUACCUGUCAUGGCUGCAAGAUCUUGCUAUACUACCAGAUACUUUGUGCUUCCAUGCUGUUUCCAUGACUUUGAUGCAAAGUUCAUCAGAAGUGAGCAGUCAAAGACGCAAUACCGGGCCUAUCUUGACUUUGUUCAAGAGGUUGGCAAAGUGAGUGGCUUCAGAGUGCAAGAGGAUAUUCUCAGAAUACCGUCAACAAAAAGAAUUUGCCAAAUAGGAAGUCAAAGGAUAUACCAACGGGAGCAGACUGAAGAAGUUUCUACACGGAUUAAAAAUUUCAUCUCGCGACGCCGCCAAUGUAGGAAACAAUUGGCCCAAAAGAAGGACACUGAAAGAACUCACAAACAGCGAACAGUGUCUUGCGCCGAGAACUGUACUGAUCAUUCUGAUGAUGCAACUCGGUUAUUCGAAUCAAAGACCUCUUCUGACAGAGACACUUUUAACCACCCUUCAGGACCAGCAGUUCAUCACUCUAGUGAUGAUGACUCCAGUAACACUGCGUCAGCGAGAUGGGCUCCUGAAUUUCAGCCUCGUGAGAAGAUAGAGCCAGUCCGCAACUGUGCAAAUGUGGACAGUGACUUGAAGAAAAGGAUUACUUGUGAGGUUGCACAUGCCAUCUUGGGCGUGGGUGGAGAGGAUUCUUCAGACGCCUUGAGAGGAGCAAAGGAUAUGAAAGUCUGGAGGAGAGGAGGGUCAUUGACGUUACCUGAGAUUGCAAAACUUUUCAACAGUGACGUCUUAAAACAAUUGAAGAAAGAAUGUGGCGGCUUGAAGACUCUUCUUAAAAACUCCCAUCAAGUUUUUCAAGUGGUCGGCGAUAAAGUGGUCAUAAGGGACUGGUCAACAAGCAAUCAAGACAACAAACCAACCCUCUCAAAGAAACGCAAGUAUAAAGCUUCCGAUAAGAUGCACUUCUUCAAGACAAGCUUGUGUUGGUUUAACGCACAUCAUCCUGAUGGAUGCCCUCUCUUGGCGAGCGACUGCCAGUUUGCUCAUGGAGAAGGCGAGCUUAAGAACCCGUCACUUCCUUCAAGGUAGCAGUCACUCCUCAAGUAGUACAGGUCGUCACUUGUCACAUCGUCAUCAACACUAUGAACUGACAUACUUGUAGAUAUCAGUCAAAAGUAGCAAUCAAAGAAAACACGUAUGUUUGUGAUCCUCGCUGUUUGAGCGUGAGACCAGGCUAUCUGCUUGUUCUCAUCCUUCUACUGUGGCUGUGCCGAGAUGUAGAACAAAGAGCUACUCCAG